AUGCAAGAAAGGAAGCAUACAUUAUCGACAAGCCAUCACGUUAAAACGUUAAAACAACAACAAUAUGAUAGAAAUUUAAUUGAUUUUGUCAUUGAAUUAGUAAGAAUCAAUGAUCAUGAUACGUUGGCAUAUAUUGCUAGAACAUCCGGUAUACCGCCUCAAUUGAGACAUAUCGUAUGGCCGAUCUUAUUAAAAUAUCAUCCAAUGUGUAUAGCCCCGAAUAUUCUAUCAAAUAUUGUUUCAUGGGAUCCUACAAUGAAUACCCAUCAUAUGAUUAUUGAGCCAUCAACAAAUAGAUCCAAAAGAGAAAAUUCUGAUAAACGUUCAAUAAAUAAUAAUGGUAAAGAAUCACAAGAUGUAAAUUCAACAACAACUACUACUACUACUUCUACUACUACUAAUAAUAAUAAUAAUACUCACUUAAAAGAUGAUAAAAAAAAUAAAAAUGAAAGUGCUAAUACUAAUGAUAGCAAUAAUGACAGUGAAUUUGAUAAAUAUAAUGAACUUGAUAAUGAUAAUGAAAUCGAUAAUGAUGAUAUUGCCUUGGAGAAAGCAAUUGUUCAUGACUUACAAAAAUAUUUCAAGAUACGAACAAAGAUCAAAAAUUCUGCAACAACAACAACAACCACGACACCUAAUAACAAUAGUAGUAAUAAUACAAAUAUAGACACUUCGUUGCAUAGUUCAAGAACAUGCUCCCAUAAUGAUUCAGAUCUUUUAACGACGGCAAAUGAAUUAAAAAUCAUUGAUGCUUUAAAAGAUGCAAUCCUGAAAUUUACCAAAAAAUGGUCCAAGGUUUAUAAAUAUGAAAGUGGUCUCUCAUGGAUAGCUUUGGGUCUCGCGGAAUGGUUUCCAGUUCUUCAAUCGUCGGAUUCUAAUGACGAAUAUAGUCAUAAUAAUAAAUGCAAUGGCCCUGUUAUACUUUCAGGUAAAAAGCAUGUUCAUGGACCUUCGCAACCAUCUGUCCCAAUAACAACAAACAAUUCAAAAGUUACCAACGAAGCCAUUAUAAAUGUAUUAGAUCGGCCUGAUAAUGAUAUGGCUGCAUUAUCAUCUGUUUCAUCGACAACAAAACCCACCACAGCUCCUACAACUUGUCAUAAACAAUCCACUUCAUUAACAUUCUUAUACUCUGAAUAUCCUUUACCAGAAUCCUUGCAGGAUCAAUUACCAGGUGAAUACAUCUUCAAUUUUGUAGAUAUGUAUGAAAGACUCCUGUUGGUUAUAUUACAUAGUCCAGAUAGUGAAAUUUCCACAGAGAACAUCAAUAAAGAUUUCCCAUCAAAAUCAUCCUAUUUAUCGAACUAUUUCCCUAUUCUUUCUGGUGGUGAUCUUUCAUUCCAAUUUCAAUUAUUUUUCAAGGUCUUUUCGUCUAUCCUACCUGAACUUUUUCAACCACUAAAUGAUGAAUCAUCAUUACAGCCAAACUCAGUAAGGUCAUCUUGGUUAUAUUGGUGGAUUAAAUGUGCUGGUGCUAGAUCAUUACAAAGACAGGAUCGUGGUCGUAUUUGGGAUUUAUUGUUAGGUUGGAGACCUAAACCAAAUAUGGAUGCAAUGAAUUUUUUCUUAAAUUAUAAUAAUCACAAAGUAUUUAGUCAAUUAUACCAUUGUCCACCCCCUGGACUUAAUGAAAAUUUCCUUAGAUCCAAAUCUAUUGAUAUUACAUUUGUUAAGAAAUUAUUAAAAAGUGAUACAUUUUGGUUCCCUGAUCUUGAUAAUAUCCCAUUAGGUUCCGAGAAAUUUCCAUAUGAUUUUAAUGUAUUUAAGGAAUUAUUGACGCGUAACAAAUAUGAACAAAUUUCAAAGGAGCCUCCUACGAAUGAUGAUUUUAUGACACCUGUAAGUGCAACGGUUGAUUCAACUGACUUACAACAAGAUCUUUUAAAAUCUGUUGCCUCCUCUCUUUCUAAUUAUUCAUUACAGGAUCAAAAAGAUGGUUCAGUCGAUAGUACGAACAGUAAUGGAUAUGACAAUUUAGCCAUGUUUGAAUAUUCCCAAGUCCAUCCCCAUAUACAGGUCAUAUUUAUAUAUAUUGCCGUGUUGCAAUAUAAUGAAUUUAAAUUAUUAGAAUUUGAAGAGACUGAAAUCUUAGAAUUCUUAAAUAAUUUACCAAUGUUCUCUAAAUCUGAAGAUUCAAAUUUCAGAAAUUUAUAUCUUGGUACCGAUAAUAUCCCGAGUGACAAUAGUCAUCAGCAUGUAAUAAAUUCAGGGAGGAAAAGCACAAUGAUAUCAAGAGCAGACGAUAGUAGUAAGAGAUACACAAGUGGUGAAUUAUCUACAGGGCUAACAACAAGAUCAUCUUCAUCGAGUUUGUCAAGUGUCUCAAAUACUUCUACAACAAAUACCACAGGUAGUAUUGUUUAUAACCAAACAGUGAAUCAAAAUUCUCAUAUGAUGAUUGAAGUAGGUAAUGAUGCCAAGGCAUCAAAUUCAUUCAACGAUUUAUUGACUAUUGCAGGUGAUAUUUGGAGGAAAUGGUUAUGGAAAGAAUUAGAAGAAAGUGUAAUCAAUGAUCUCGAAUAG